AUGCUGUUUCCUUUGGUAUUGUGUGCAGUUGCGCUGGCAGGGAGCAGUAAAGUUCAAGAUGAUGAGUGGAUUGACCCCACGGAUAUGCUCAACUACGACGCAGCGUCAGGAACCAUGAGGAGACCUUACAAGGCAAACUAUCAUGAGUCUGAGGACAAGGCUGUGGAUACCGUCAGUACAGAAAUCUCAUCAAGGUCUUCCAGGGAAGUAGAUUCCUUGCAACAGAAGAUUGCAGAAUGUGAGAAGAGGAAUGCCAAAUCACGUGAAAGCCGUAGCUUUUAUAUUUUUAAGCGAUACUUGAAUAAGAUUUUAAAUGAAGCUGGAAAACUUGGCCUUCCUGAGGAAAAUGUGGACCGCGUCCAUUACGAUGCUGAGAUCAUCCUUACAAAACAGACAUAUUUGGAGAUCCUCAGGUUUCUCAAUGAGGAAACUUGGCAGUCAGGUGCUGUGGAUGAUGCACUUAGUGAUAUUUUGAUCAAUUUUAAGCACCAUGAUUAUGAAGCUUGGCACUGGAGAUUUGAAGACACCUUUGGAAUUGAUCUAUAUAAUAUGUUUCUGAUACUCUUGUGCUUAGUGUGUAUUGUAAUUCUAAUAGCUACAGAGCUCUGGACACGUAUUCAUUGGUUUGUUCAGCUCAAACGUGUUUUAUUAAUAAGUUUUCUCAUCAGUUUUGCGUGGAACUGGCUUUACUUGUAUAAGCUGGCCUUUGCGCAGCAUCAAGCAGAAAUUGCGAAAAUGGGGCAGUUCGAUAACAUCUGUGCUGAGAAGUUGGACUGGGGAGGAAGUCUUAUUGAAUGGCUCAGAAGUAAAUGGACGUUUCAGGACGAUCCCUGUCAGAAGUAUUAUGAAACUCUGCUAGUGAAUCCUGUUCUGCUGGUUCCGCCAACAAAGGCAUUGGCAAUUACUUUCACCAACUUUGUAACUGAGCCUUUGAAGCACGUAGGACAGGGUAUUGGUGAAUUCAUCAAAGCACUUAUGAAGGAGAUACCAUUUAUUCUGCAGAUUCCAGUCCUAAUUAUGAUGGCUCUGGCUGUCCUGGCUUUCUGCUAUGGUGCAGGAUCAUCGGUGUCUAUGUUAAGAUACUUAACAUCUUCUCACAAAAGAAGUCUUCCUCCACCUGACAGUCAACAGGAGAAAAUAGACUUUGGGCAGUAUGAUGGGAGUAAAUCGGAUGGCUAUUAUUUGCAGAAGCAUCCUUACGUUUAUAGAGGACCUUAUGACAGAGGAGAUGCUCCUGUGAGACCAGGAAACGGCAGCAGAAGUCCUGACAGCGUGUAUACAAGCGAGGAGCCGGACACGCAAGUAGAAGAGUCUCACAAACCAGAACCUGCUAAUAGAUUGCACACUGAAGUUUGUAGACUAGAAACUAUCACAGCUGAAAACCUUACUGAAGAACAUGCACUUGAGCAGCAGAAGCAGGAGACAGGCAAAGCAGAGCGAGAGACUGGAGAAAACUGUGAUCCUAAUAAAAACCUAGAAGGGCAAAGUUCUGUAACGGCCCCGUGUGAAGAGAAGAAAAAGAGCAGUUCCCGUGACUCAGAGGAAGGACACUAA